AUGGAGACAAUCCCAGACAGCCAUCUAGCCACCAUACGCAACGAAUUUGCACCCAAAUAUGGGGAGCUACAACAGCCAAUGAGCGACAAAUCAGACCGCCAAGCUACAGUAGACGUGAUCAGUAAUCAGUAUAGUGACACUACUAGUCCUACUACUAUUGUUUCUUUUGCUCUACAACCUAGUAUUUGCAUGUCUGACGGUGUCAAUAUACUCAAUGGCAUACGUGCCACACAAUUUGUUGGCGCACAAAGCACCAUGAGUAGACCUACACUGAACAAGCGUGACAUUGCAAAUGAUGUCAUAUUUGACUCCAACCUUGAAUGGGACCAAACUCUAUUGGAUCCCAACAUUGGCAGGCUGGACGAACAGAGCAAAGGUGAGAGACCAUUUGAUGGAGUAGGCAUCCUAAAGAGUAGUAAAACUAUUUUAACUCUUAAUGAAGCCUCUGAAGAUGAGACUCUUGACCAACUAGAUGAUUUCAACACUGCCAUGGAUCUGACAGACACUGGCAUUGGUAAUGCCACACUCGUCUCCAACCUUGACUGGGACCAAACUUUUUUGGACCCAAACAUUGGCGAUCUUGGCCGUAGUGUCUCUGCCGACAGCACUAGCCAUGGUUUGCUCCUUCAGUUGCCAGAAGCGAGCAUGGGGAGUGAUUCUGAUGCUCUUCUUCCUGAACAAGAUGAGACUGACAAGUACCCAAUGGAUUUGGAGAAUGGGGAGCAACAGUGUGUGAUGUCUGAUAAGUUGGCUGUUGUACCGGCUACCAAACGACCACCGCCUACACCUCAACAAGAAGCCAAACAACACGAGUUCACGUUUUAUGGAGUAAAAUAUAGAUCAGUUAAUAAACAUAAUGUUAUCUAUUCUAUUCAGAAAGCCAGCACUUGUAAACAUCUAGUUUUGAUUGAUGGAGGUGCCAAUGGCGGCAUUGCUGGAGACAAUGCCCGCAUCAUCAUUGCCAUCAUACGUCAACAAGCCUACAUUGGAAAGGGCCAAUCCAUUCUGUCCAACGGACAAAUGGAACAUUUCAAGAUUGUCUUGGACGACAAGUCUACCAAAGUUGGCGCUUGA